CAACAGUCGUUGCCUGCUGCCUGAAAUUGCCAAACCAGAAGAAGCUCGGUGACGCAGCUAUAAUCACAAAGAAAUGUGGCGAAGGUGUUUCAGUAGCAACAUCAACUCCACGCGCACAUUGAAGGAGAAGAAAUGGGACGCGCUGGUGAUCGGCGCCGGCCACAACGGCCUCACAGCCGCUGCUUACUUGGCUCGCUCUGGCCUCUCCGUUGCCGUUCUCGAGCGUCGCCACAUCAUCGGCGGUGCUGCCAUCACUGAAGAACUCGUUCCUGGCUUUAAGUUCUCCCGCUGCAGCUACGUCCAGAGCCUCCUCCGCCCCUCCAUCAUCAAGGACUUGGAGUUGGCAAAACAUGGGUUGAAGUUGUUGAAGAUGAAAGCGGCUACGUUCACACCCUGUGUUGAUGGUCGCUAUCUUCUUUUGACUUAUAAUCAGAAGCAAAAUUAUAAGGAGAUUUCCAGGUUCUCGAAACGAGAUGCAGAUGCUUUUCCAAGAUAUGAAAGUCAACUAAUUAAAUUCUGUGAAGUCAUGGAUUUUCUUUUGGAUUCACUUACUCCCGAAACAUUAAAUCAUGAUUCAUCUUUUACUGAUCGGCUGAGAGACAAGUUGAACAAGUCAGUUUUUUGGGGUCGUUUUCUGCAUCAGGCUCUCUCACUGGGGCAGAAAGAUUUGGUGGACUUUGUGGACCUUCUGUUGUCCCCAACUUCAAAGGUUUUGAACAACUGGUUUGAGACAGAUGUGCUGAAGGCAACACUUGCGGGGGAUGCUAUCAUUGGGAGUAUGGCAAGCAUCCAUGCACCUGGAAGUGGAUAUGUUCUGCUGCAUCAUGUAAUGGGCAAUACUGAUGGUGAACGUAAUGUUUGGUCGCAUGUUGAAGGUGGCAUGGGUUCAGUAUCAUCAGCUAUAAGUAAGGCUGCUAGGGAGGCUGGGGCACAUAUUGUGACAAAUGCAGAGGUUUCACAGUUGAUGAUUGAAGACUCUGGUGUUGUAAAUGGGGUACUACUGGAGGAUGGGACACAGGUGUAUUCUUCUGUUGUUUUGUCAAAUGCAACCCCUUAUAAGACUUUCAUGGAAUUAGUGCCUCAAAAUGUUCUUCCAGAUGAUUUUUUUCAUGCUAUUAAGAACAUCGACUACAAAUCUGGAACCACAAAAAUUAAUGUAGCUGUUGAUAAAUUGCCUGAGUUCCAGUGUUACAAGUUCAACCAUCCAGAAGCAGGUCCUCACCAUACAGCUACCAUUCACAUUGGUACUGACAGUAUGGAGGAGAUUGGCUUAGCUUGUCAAGAUGCUUGGAAUGGCCUAUCAUCACGGAGGCCCGUUAUUGAGAUGACAAUUCCUUCUUCAUUGGACAAAACUAUUUCUCCUCCUGGUAAGCAUGUGGUCAGUCUAUUUACCCAAUACACACCCUAUAAUCUCACUGAUGGUAGCUGGGAAGAUCCUGCAUACAGAGAAUCAUAUGCAAAAAGGUGUUUCAACUUGAUUGAUGAAUAUGCCCCUGGCUUUAGCUCAUCUGUCAUUGGUUAUGACAUGCUGGCACCACCGGAUCUUGAGAGGGUGAUUGGUCUGACAGGGGGGAAUAUUUUUCAUGGUGCUAUGAGUUUGGAUUCUCUUUUCCUGAUGCGCCCUGUCAAAGGAUGGUCAGGUUAUAGGACUCCAGUGAGAGGGCUGUAUUUGUGCGGCAGUGGAACACAUCCUGGUGGUGGUGUGAUGGGGGCGCCUGGUCGUAACUCUGCACAAGUCGUCAUUCAAGAUCUUAAAAAAUAUUAUGUAUGAGGGUUGGAUUUAAUGAAUGUUAUUCUCCACAAUAUUUUCCAUAUUAGUUUCCAUCUAUUGGAGAGAUGUGGUUGAUUUUUGAAAUAAAUUUAGGAAGAUAGCCCUUUUUUUU